UAGUAGAGCGCAGACAGAAAACAGGCACUAAAGGAGGCUGUCGGACAGAAACACCACGAACAUGAGUCAGAAACACACUGCAGUAUAAAGAGACACACACUGAGGAGCAAACAGCAGAAGGACGGCGACUGAACUGUAUUGUAUUGGAAUCUGUGAGACAGACAGACAGACAGACAGACAGACAGAGAGAGAGAGACAGCCGUCUCUUGGACUUUUCCCCAUCUGUGUGAGGUUGUGGCAGGCAUGGCGUCGGAGCCGGGCACCCAGUCCAGAGUGAUGUUUCAGACCAAAGAGGAGGAGCCUGCUCAACGCAAACUGGGCAAACUGACGGUCAAAUACAACCGCAAAGACCUCCAGAGGAGGCUGGACAUCGAGGAGUGGAUCGACGGACAGCUGCACCUGCUGUACGACUGUGAGGAGGACGAGAUUCCUGACCUGGAGAUCGACAUUGAUGAACUUCUAGAGCUGACAGAUGAAGAGCAGAGAUCUCGACUGCACGAGCUUUUGCAAGAAUGUGGAAAGCCAAAGGAGGACUUUAUCAAUGGUCUGCUCUACCGGAUGAAGGGACUGCGUAAGAUGUCAGGACCUCUGAAGAAAUAGCAUUAGGUCAAAGGCUGGAUUUUUCAAGAUAAUGUGAACCACCCGGCUCCGCCCCCUGGCCCCGCCCACAACAACAAGCCCCGCCCACAAGUCCUCCUGUCUGUAGAGCGUUGAGUGUCUGUCUGUGGAUGUUUCUAUAAUUCACCGCACACUUGGGUCAAUGACUUCUAGAAACAGUGUUUUUGACCACUAAUAAUUCUGUACAGUUUCUCCAGCACUGCAUAUUAACUGUACUGCCUAUUAUUACUCAAACGAGAUGUUGUUGUUUUUGUGUACAUUUUGUUCCCUAUUUAUAUAUAUAUAUAUAUUUUGUUCUGGCAAGUGUUGUAUGUAAUAAUAAACAAUUUCUUUUCAAGAUUUUAGAUGAAGAGCAUAGAUACAGUUCGUGAUAAUAAAAUUAAGAAUCCAGGAUAUCUUUCUUACAUUCUGCCAUUGUCUGAUUUCAGUUCUGAAACGGAGAUAUUUACUGCAUGACAAUUAAUACUGUGAUAUGAGCGCAGAAUAUUCUUGGUUUAAUACUUAAGAGUCUCUGACAGAAUAAUUUGGUCCAAAAUUAAUUUUUAUGGGUUCAGUCUUCUGCAAAUAAAUGGUAAAAUAUGCAUUCAUCAUGAUGCUUUUAUAUACUAUAACAUGUAUGACACAUGUUAGCAUGAAAUGCAUAAAUAUGUCCAGUAUUGCAUUAAUAAAUGCAGUAUUUCAGAUGAUGCACAUGUAUAUCUGGUGAAGCCGAAGAUGAUCUGCAUGAGGAUAAAUGAACCACAACUACG